GGAGAACAAGGUGCUCGUAGAGACUCGACAACUGCUCAGCUAGGCGUCGCGCGUACAACGUCCGCGUCCGGACCCCGCCAAUCCUCAUCUGCGAAUAGUUCGAACCAUAAAAACGAGCCACUCGCAAUUACAAUCCGGGGAAAGUCGAUAGCACCGAUGUUCACUUUGGACAAAAGCGUAGGAAACUGGAAGCAGGGGCUGACGUCACCUACAGAACCGUACAGUGCCGGUCGCCGCGUACUCAAAUACAGAAGCCUCUACAAAAUCUACGCUCGAUUAGAAGACGAAGACAUGGCACAUUCGCGAUCGGACACUUUGAAACUACAGUCUCCAGAUAUGUAUUGGCUUUUGCACCUUUUCUUUGGGUUCAGGGUGGAAGCAAUCGGCGGAGAUGGCUUUUCGCGCGUCUUCACUAUGACCGACCUGUGUCGGCAUUAUAUUGAUCACGCGCGGCUCGCUGAGCAGCAGGAAGCGCAAGGCCGUUUUCGCGCGACAGAUUCUCUUGGAGGACAGGGUCCAGUGUCCCGCACCACAACGUC